GAGUAAAGAAUGGCGCCGUUCCUUUCUUACGUCAAAUAAAAUAAAGAAAGUCGACUGCUAACACGAAUCCUUAGUUUUUCAGAAGCUCUCUCCUCUCUCUCUCUCUCUCCGUCUUCGACUUAGCUGUAUCCCAAUUUACAGGAAAAAAGAAUUGAUCAAUGGGAGAGACGGGGAAGCGGUAUCGUUCGCAGAGGGACCGAGAUUACGAUGGCGGGAACAAGAACCAGAAGAGGCGGGUGAAUGACAGAGAAGAUAGGGGCGGUGGUGGUGGUGGUGGUGGAGGCGCUGGCGGUGGCGACGAGGUUGUUGUGUACAGGAUUCUAUGCCCUGUUGGGGUCAUUGGAAGCGUGAUUGGGAAGAGUGGUAAAGUGAUCAAUUCGAUUAGACAGGAUAGUAGAGCUAAGGUGAAGGUUGUGGAUCCAUUUCCGGGUGCGAAAGAUAGGGUUAUAACUAUUUAUAGCUAUGUUAGGGACAAGGAGGAGGUUGAUGUUGAUGAUGAGUUCAGUAGUGAUAGGGAGCCCUUGUGUGCUGCACAGGAUGCUCUAUUUAAAGUGCAUUCUGCUAUUUCGAAUGCGCUGGCUGCUGCUGGAGAUUCUGAUAAGAGGAGGAGGGAUAAGGAAGAGUGUCAGAUUCUUGUCCCGGCUAGCCAGUGUGCUAAUGUGAUAGGUAAGGCCGGGUCGACGAUAAAGAAACUGAGGAGCAGGACGAGGACAAAUAUUAAGGUCACUGCAAAAGAUGCCUCCGAACCAACACAUUCAUGUGCAAUGGACUUUGACAACUUUGUUAUGAUAAAUGGAGAAUCAGAAGCAGUGAAAAAAGCAUUAUUUGCAGUUUCUGCAAUCAUAUACAAGUUUCCUGCACGAGAACAGAUUCCUCUUGAUACAACAGUACCGGAAGCCCCUCCAAGCAUAAUAAUUCCAUCGGAUAUGCCGAUUUAUCAACCGGGUGGAUUAUAUAACCCUGCAGAUCCUAUUAUUCCUUCUAGAUCCCUACCUCCACUCCUAAAUGCUACACAUGUACAGGAUCUUCAUGGUUUUGCGGAUACAGGGAAUGCAUGGCCCAUAUAUUCAUCUGCUCUUCCUUUAGUUUCUGGUUUCAGUGUGGCAUCGCGAUCUGAGGAGUUAGUUGUGAGAGUACUAUGCCCUUCUGACAAGAUUGGUCGUGUCAUUGGAAAGGGUGGGGGUACCAUUAAAAGCAUAAGGCAGACUAGUGGUGCUCGAGUUGAGGUUGACGAUACCAAGGAUGACCGUGAUGAGUGCAUAAUCACUGUUACUGCAACAGAGUCACCGGAUGAUCUGAAGUCCAUGGCAGUUGAAGCUGUUCUAUUGUUGCAAGGGAAGAUAAAUGAUGAAGAUGUUGACAAUGUUUCUAUACGGCUUCUUGUUCCGUCUAAAGUUAUUGGUUGUAUUAUUGGAAAAAAUGGUUCAAUUAUAAAUGAAAUACGGAAGAGAACAAAAGCUGACAUCCAUAUUUCUAAAGCUGAUAAGCCUAAAUGUGCUGACGCUAAUGAUGAACUUGUUGAGGUGGCAGGUGAUCUCAGUAGUUUGAGAGAUGCACUUAUUCAGAUUGUUCUAAGGCUCCGAGACGAUGUCUUGAAAGAUAGAGAUGGUGGUCAUAACCCUGCUGUUGGUGCGGAGUCGGUAUACCCGGGUAGCACUGGUCUCCCUUUGCCAUCUGUGCUGCCUUCAGUUCCCCAGGUUGCUCCCUUAGGUUUUGAUCAGAGGGCUGAAAGUGCAAGUGGCUUGGGGAUGCUUUCUUCUAGUGGCCUGUUUGGAUAUGGAUCUCUGCCGAUGGGGGAAGAUGGCUACAGAUCAGUGUCUUCUUAUUCAUCCAAGCUAUAUGGAGGAUUGCCACCCCCUUCAACACUUGAGAUGCUCAUUCCUGCUAAUGCAGCGGGUAAGGUGAUUGGCAAAGGAGGGGCAAAUAUAGCUAACAUUCGGAAGAUAUCAGGAGCAAUGAUAGAGAUUUCCGAGUCCAAAUCUUCACGGGGUGAUCGUAUUGCUCAUAUAUCUGGCACAGUUGAACAGAAGCGGACAGCAGAGAACUUGAUCCAGGCAUUUAUAAUGGCCAUCUGAGUUUUUGGGUGCAACUGGCCAGUUUAAAGGUGAAUAGUAAGAAUCUUGGAAUUUUCUAUCAUGUUUCCCAUCCUUAGACCUUUAGGUUUGGUUCUGGAGAAGGCUUCUUUUCUGAACUUAUCCAACGUGGUUCUUUCUGUUCUCCCACUAAAGUGGGUAUUGAGACUGCUAGAGGAUUCACCGCAGGGUUCAUGCCUUCCAUCUCCGCCAAAUCUAUUCUUAAUCUACAAUGUUAGGUUCUUUCUUUCCAGUCAUAUCGCUUCAGCUGUCUAUCUUUCACUAAGAUAGAGUUCAUCUUUUUUUCAGUACUGUCACACUCUAUAACUUUUAUGUUCAUGCCGGAAACUUAUUCAAUGAUGACCAUAAUUGUCAAUCUUAUAAUGAAUGUAUGUUAUUUCCCUGGCC